AUGUUUGGGAAGAAGUACUUCGGCUUCAGGGGUCGAUCCCUGAACCUGGCGAUCAGUUCGCUGGGGAGUUUGGAUUUCCUGCUUUUUGGAUACGACCAGGGCGUCACAGGAGGGCUGCUCGAGCUCCCUUCAUUCUACAAGUAUUUCCCGGAAAUCACUCAAGACCUAUGCCCUCAAGACGAGAAUCUUGCCGCCUGCGAGUCGCAGCGCAGUACCAACCAGGGCAUCGCGGUCGCCUCGUACAAUCUCGGCUGUUUCCUUGGAGCUAUCUUGACGGUCUUUAUCGGUAAUGCAAUCGGCCGUCGCAGGACUAUUUUCUGCGGCUGCGUGACUAUGACGACUGGCGCCAUCCUGCAAUGCACCGCCUACAGCCUUCCUCACUGGAUUGUCGGGCGUAUCGUAACUGGAAUCGGGAACGGCAUGAACACGAGUACAGUUCCGACCUGGCAGUCCGAGUCUUCCAAAGCGCACGAUCGUGGAAAGCUAGUUAUGAUCGAGGGUAUGCUGAUUACCGGCGGAAUCUGUCUGAGCUACUGGAUCAACUACGGUUUUGCCUUUCUCCCCGACCAUGAAGUCUCAUGGCGCUUCCCCAUCGCCUUCCAGAUCGUGUUCGCCGUGACCAUCUUCAUCUCCAUCAUGAACCUCCCCGAGUCCCCGCGCUGGCUGGUCAUGAAAGGUCGCGACGACGAAGCGGUCGAGAUCCUGUCGCUGCUGAACGAGAAGCCCAUCGAGGACCCCUACAUCCAGAACGAACUGCAGUCGAUCAAGGAGACCGUUAUUGAGAUGAACAAGGGAUCCUUCAGCAGUCUGUUCAAGAUGAGCGAGUACCGUGAAUUCCACCGUGUCGCGCUUGCCUACGUCAACCAGAUGUUCCAGCAGAUUUCGGGCAUCAACCUCAUUACCUACUAUGCCCCAAAUAUCUACACAGACAUUGGUCUCGGAGGCGGCAACACCGCAAAGCUCAUGGCCGCCGCCAACGGUACCGAGUACCUCCUCGCCGCGUUCAUCCCCAUCUUCAUCAUUGAGAAAGUCGGCCGUCGCCCUCUGAUGCUCUUCGGUGCCGCCGGCAUGUCCAUCUCAAUGGCAAUCUUGGCGGGUACACACUACCACCGCGUAGCCUACGACAGCACCCAAGCGGGUAUCGCGCAAGCUGUCUUCCUCUUCGUAUUCAACACCUUCUUCGCCAUUGGUUGGCUCGGUAUGACCUGGUUGUAUCCCGCUGAGAUCGUCCCGCUUCGUAUCCGAGCCCCUACCAACGCCCUCUCGACGUCCGCGAACUGGAUCUUCAACUUCAUGGUCGUCAUGAUCACGCCCGUCGCAUUCACAAACAUCGCCCACCACACCUACACCAUCUUCGCUGUUAUCAACGCCUUCAUGUUCCCCGUCGUGUACUUCUGCUUCCCCGAAACCCGCUACCGCUCGCUCGAGGAGAUGGACACCAUUUUCAAAAAGUCAGACGGUAUCUGGAGCGCCGUGCAGCACUCUAUCAAGGAGCCGUACCGGUACGAUAAGCAUGGUCAGCUUAAACCUGAAUACCUUGAGGAGGCUAUCAGGCGUGAAAGCGCUCAUCGGCCUUAUGUGCACGAGGGCAAGUUUGAGAGUGAUGAUAGCACGAACGAGAGUAAUGAGCCUAAGGGGACGGAGGUGCGGUUGGAGUAG